UUACACCUGAGAUCACUUCCGGCGGGUGACGGUGCGGACGGGUCAGGAGCGUAGAGGCGGCGGCAAAAUGGCGGCGCCUGAGGAGCAGGAUCUAACUCAGGAGCAGACUGAGAAGCUGCUGCAGUUUCAGGAUCUGACUGGCAUAGAAUCCAUGGAGCAGUGUCGCCUUGCCUUGGAGCAGCAUAACUGGAACAUGGAGGCCGCUGUCCAGGACAGACUGAAUGAGCAAGAGGGCGUACCAAGUGUUUUCAAUCCACCUCCAUCUCGGCCCCUACAGGUUAAUACAGCUGACCACAGGAUCUACAGCUAUGUUGUCUCGAGACCACAGCCAAGGGGCCUGCUUGGAUGGGGUUAUUACUUGAUAAUGCUUCCAUUCCGGUUUACCUAUUACACGAUACUUGAUAUAUUUAGGUUUGCUCUUCGUUUUAUACGGCCUGACCCUCGCAGCCGGGUCACUGACCCUGUUGGGGACAUUGUUUCAUUUAUGCACUCUUUUGAAGAGAAAUAUGGGAGGGCACACCCUGUCUUCUACCAGGGAACGUACAGCCAGGCACUUAAUGAUGCCAAGCGGGAGCUUCGAUUUCUUUUGGUUUACCUUCAUGGAGAUGACCACCAGGACUCUGAUGAGUUCUGCCGCAAUGCUCUCUGCGCACCUGAGGUCAUCUCGCUGAUAAACAGCAGGAUGCUUUUUUGGGCUUGUUCUACAAACAAACCUGAGGGGUACAGGGUCUCCCAGGCCUUACGAGAGAACACCUAUCCAUUCCUGGCUAUGAUUAUGUUGAAGGAUCGGCGAAUGACUGUGGUGGGAAGGCUAGAAGGCCUCAUUCAACCUGAUGACCUCAUCAACCAGCUGACAUUCAUCAUGGAUGCAAACCAGACUUACCUGGUGUCAGAGCGCCUAGAGAGGGAAGAAAGGAACCAAACCCAGGUGCUGAGACAACAACAGGACGAAGCCUACCUGGCAUCUCUCAGGGCAGACCAGGAGAAAGAGAGGAAGAAGAGGGAGGAGAGAGAGCGGAAGCGCCGCAAGGAGGAGGAGGUGCAGCAGCAGAAGCUGGCGGAGGAGCGGAGGAGACAGAACUUGCAGGAGGAAAAGGAGAGAAAGCUGGAAUGCCUGCCCCCUGAGCCCUCCCCUGAUGACCCUGAAAGCGUCAAGAUCAUUUUCAAGUUACCCAAUGAUUCCAGAGUAGAGAGACGAUUCCAUUUCUCACAGUCUCUAACAGUCAUCCAUGACUUCUUAUUCUCCUUGAAGGAAAGUCCUGAAAAGUUUCAGAUUGAAGCCAAUUUUCCAAGACGGGUACUACCCUGUGUCCCUUCAGAGGAAUGGCCCAACCCCCCCACACUGCAGGAGGCGGGACUCAGCCACACAGAAGUUCUCUUUGUUCAGGACCUGACAGACGAAUGACACUUUUCUGCCUCCUUUCUCCCGCCCCAAUCCCUAAAAGAAAUGGAAAAACAAAAACAGAGAACAAGAGAUAAAUUCAUAUUAUUAUUAUUAUAAUACAAUAUUUUUUUUAAAAAACUGCUGCAUCCUAUGGACGGAUCAGAAACCAUGCUGCCUGCAAGAGUCACAAGCUGUGUGCGUGUGCAAGGUCAGCAGUGAGCACACCUGCUCAGCAGACUCGCCUUCCCACCGUGAAGAGAUGGCGCCUCCAGCCCAUCCAGCAGCCCGCGUGGGGAAGGACACAUUCCCACUGUUUCGCUGUCAUUCUUGCUUUUGUAGAAAAUACAAAUGAAACCCUCCAGCAGCUCCAGCAGCAGCUCCUGAGGACCCGAUCCUCUGCUUCUGGAGGAAGAGGGGGGAGACCUGAACAGACUGCCUACAGUUUAUGAGUAACUUUGUUUCUGUUUGCUUUGUAAUGAUAAUGACCAAAGGAAUGAGGCUGACUUAGGUGUAUUUUUUUUUUCCUUAGAUUUGAUAAAGAGCCAAAUGCCCUGUGCUCUGUGGCCCAAGGCGGUGUAAUAAAGGUGCCCUGGGCUCAUUUGCGCUUCCUUCUGCCACUGUCCCUCUCUAGGUCACAGAGAGGUUAUUUGGUUGGGUACAGUUCUGCUGCUUGUGUAUCCAUCCCAUGUGGAACAACGAGAGGAGGUCUCAGAUUGUGGCCCACAGAAGGCUCUGUGUGGGGUGUGUGCUCACCUUUACACACAGAAGAGCUUUUCCUUGGCAUCUGUACCAGGUGCUGGUGAAGGGGUCUGAACCAAAGGCUGGCAGCUCUGGCUUCCCUCUGGUGCACACGCUGCUCUUCCCAGCUGCUCUCACUUGCCAAGCUUGGUGCCUUUCCAGAGGGCUGGCCAGUCCCAUCCCGGGCCCACCAUUCCACCUGUGGAUGCUCGACCUGUUGCAGUGCAAGUAUGAUGAUGGUGUUUAAGAAUAGACCCAUCGCAGGCAUAGUAGUGCACUGGGAGGCAGAGGCAGCAGAUUUGAAUUCCAGGCCAGCCUGGUCUACAGAGUGAGACACUGUCUCAAAAUAAUUUUUGAACCACAAACUUUGAAAGAGAAAUUGGCCUCCGAGCCUAUGUGCGUUGUUGGAAAGCACAGCCCACGGCACCAGAGACAGUCUGCAGCCUUCCUCUUGCCCUGGUAAGGCACAGGGUCUUUCCCCUGAGGUCCCUCUGCGAUUGAAUUGUUGGUAGUGGGUAUGUGGUUGAGCCGUGUAUUAACACAUGCCGGUGUGUGCUGACAAGUAUUCCAGUGUGGACUAGCUAGGCUGGCACAGGCUUGACACACUGCAGCUCUCAGAAGUUACUGUGGUCACUGGCAGACUGUGGCCAUUCCAGUCGAGAGAAAGCAUAGCAGUUUGUGUUGGUCACCUCCAAGAGCCCUCUAAAGCCACGGCUCUGUGAAAGUCCUGCACUUAUGCCCUGUGCAGCACUUACUUCAGUGUUAGGACAUGGUAAGGAUGGAAGGAGCCAUUUGGAAAACCUGAUUCUAUCCCUAGGCCCGAGUGCAGGACUCUGAAUUCUCCCUUGGGAAAUGUUAGCGCUGCUAGGUCUGCUGGCACCAGUGAUGGGUUGAGAGGACUCUCAGAUGAAGUGUGUCUUUCGGACAGCGAUGCAGAGGGACUUGCCCACUUGGAGCCUCCCUCCCAGAUGGUGGUCCCUGUCUGUCUGCCUGGCACAUGGGCACGUGGACUGUGGAAGUGUCGUGUUCACAGCUGCUUGGGGAAAUGCUGAUUUUUCCCUCUUAAUCUCUUUCUGUAAUGUGUACCUUUAAUUUUAUGCCUUUUUGCCUUUUGAUAACUGCAAAAAGAUACUAGAUGCCAGACUAAUAAAAAUAGGGUCCUCCGUUGCCACAAGUGUGAGGGCAGCCUGUUCAUGGCCUGGAGGCUUGUGCUGUAGUACCUGCCUGGCUCUCCUCACCUGCCUCCUCCUUUAGUUUUGAGAUGGGUACUGAUGGCUCAAAGUGGCCCCAAACUCUACAAACCCAAGGCUGGCCUUGAACUCCCCUCCUGCUCCCUACUCCUGUGGUGUGCGUGUAGGUGUGUCCCACCUUGCAGGCUCUCCAGUAGCUGUGAAACACUUCCAUUUUCUCCAUGUCCCUAGGUCUGCUGCCUGGGUGCCAUUUCUCUCUCUGGGUGAGCUGUGAACUUCACAUUUUGUCCCUCAGGCCAGUUCAGUCUGUGACUCCCUAGGACCUGUGAGCUUGAAGAGACCUGCCACCAUUUGUUGUUGUUUAAAUUGCUUCCAAAAUAUUCUGUCAGUUGUUCCAAAAGUCAAGUCAUGGGCAGUGGAAGGAAGCCUUUGAUCAAGUCUGCCCCUUGAUCCCCUCUGACGUGGCCUCAGCUGAAUGACCAUGGGGAUGACCAAGCAAAGGUGCCUGAGUAAGCUGAAGUUUUGCAUCACAGUCUGGUCUUUUCUUCCUCUGCAGAAUUGGCUGCAGCAGGUAGGUUUUGGUUUUGGUUUUUUCUCCUUGUUUGCUUCCACUAUGAGAUACACAGAAGAGAAGGCAAGAGAAUACCUGUUUCUUUUAAAACUAGAAACAAAACAACGAAACAAACCUAGAAUUCCAACUGAUCAGUUAUUAUGAAAAUUGCUAAUGGUGCCAAGGCCAACGGAAGACUGUCAGAAGCCGACUGAGACGGAUCACGCCCCAGAGCACGUAGUCAGAGGACGCUGCCUGGCACUGAGCAGGGACCUCCACCUUACAGCUAUCGGUUUUUCUGUUUGUCUGAGGGAAGGUUUUGACUCUUGAAGAACUCAGCAAAAAAAAAAAAAAAUGCAUCCACAAGAGAUGCCCACCUGUACUGCACCUGAGUAAAUCAUUUCCUGAAGAAAUCUAGUGUACUUCAAAAUUUUUCAUAAAGGUUUACAUUGUAUUGUAGGUUAACAUUAAACAUUUUAUAACAAAAUAUAUAUAUAUAAAACCA